AUGGAGAGCGACAUUGGAUUCCAGGCUGCUCUUGAGGAAGCCAGAAAGGGCGCCUCUGAAGGUGAUGGCAAGAUCNUUGGUAGGUCUUCAAUAUGUCGCAUUGCAGCGGCUCCAUUGACCUUGACUACCCAGGGCCGUGGACACAACCUGAGAAUGCAAAAGGGAUCUCCCACGAUUCACGUCGGUACUCGAGUCUCACAGGAGACGUUGCAUGAUGCUGAGAAACACAAUAGGNCAGAAAUCGGUGCUCUUGAGAACGCUGGUCGGCUUCCAGCUUCUGCCUACCAAGGCGCUACUAUGUACACUACUCUCUCACCCUGCGACAUGUGCACCGGUGCUUGUAUCCUCUACAAGGUCAAGCGUGUUGUGCUCGGCGAGAACAAGACUUUUGUUGGUGGCGAAGAUUACCUCAAGCAGAGAGGCAUUGAGGUUGUCAAUGUCAAUUCCGCCGAAUGUGAAGAUUUGAUGAAGAAGUUUAUCAAAGAGCACCCUGAGGAGUGGAAUGAGGACAUUGGUGAGCAGUAG